AUUUUUGUAAUGACAAGACCGACUAAUGUAACCUCCAUGAUAUGACUCAUUGACUUUUUCGAGCUUCAUAUCUUGUAAAGCUUUCCCAAUAUUGGAGACCAAAACAUAUGGCGAAGGAGAAGAAAGCUCAAGUAAAAGUUAAAGUUGGGAUUGAAUCCCUAUGGAGAACUAUGACCAAAGAUUUGGCACUUGUUGUGCCAAAAAUAGCACCCACCAUUGUGGAAAGUAUGGAAGUGAUUGAAGGAGAUGGUGGCCUUGGCUCUCUCUUUCUCUUGCAUCUUUGUAUCGGAGCAAGCAAAAAAUUACAGAAGGAAAAGAUUGUGGAACUAGAUGAGUCAGCAUACAGAUUUGGUAUCCAAGUGGUAGAAGGGCCUGCGCUGACUAGGGGUAGUUUCUCUACACUGACGAGCACAUUCCAAGUGAGUGCAGUGGGAGAGAAGGAGAGCCUUGUGGAUGUGAAUGUGGUGUAUCAGACAGACAGACAAGAUCAAGCUAUCAUUGAAGAGAUGGCGAUUCAGCCACCUCUCAAUUUCAUCCUAGGACUAGAGAAAUUUCUGUUACAACUUUCUGAAUAAUCGAUCUAAUUCGUUGUUGAAUAUGUGUAUGAAUUAAUGCAAGAUCCUGUUGGAUUAAUAAUAUGCUUAUAUUAUAAAAAUAUUAGAACUAAUAAUUAUUAUCCACAAGGGCGAUGGUUGCGGAAGUUUAACUUGGGGGUCCUACUGGAUGAUGCACAUUUUACCAAUAUUAGUGGGAUGUAAGCUUUUUGUCAAAUUCUUUAUUUACAUCCCAUCAAUAUUGAUGGGAUAUGUACUGUCCAUAAUAACUAAUAACAAAACUGUAUAUAUAUAACAUUAUCUCAUCACUGUAUAAUUUAAUAUGAAGGCUGAUGCAGGCCAAGUCAAACAACAUUGGUGAUGACAAAUGGGCUUAACUUGGCUCGGCUGACAACUAUACCAGUCCGAAUAUUUUCUCCUUUUUGUUUUUUUUUUUUUUUGUCAAUGAGGAUUUAUAUACCACAACAUUAAGAAAAUAACUUCAUCACUUUAGAUCCACUUUCUCUGUAGACUUUAUAUUUAUGUACAUAUAUAUAUAUAUAUAUAUCUCUUCAAAUCAAAUGACACGGAUUCUUCUUUUUCCAGGCUAAAAAAGCUUUGGUAGAUAAUGGUUUUUGGUUAAAGACAAGAAGGUAUCCAAUUAUAUCCCUUUGUCCGUUCUAAUGAAAUGAUACUCCAAACAAUUUGUAUAGCACGUGCCCUGCAUGUGACUUCACCAAUCACAGAUGCUUCAAACCAAUUCAGCUAUCCACCUCAGCAUUGCUGCGAUUGGUUUACCCUGUUAAAGAUUCUGGUGUAACUUUUUUUCAAUUUGUUAGAAGCUGUUGUGCGAUCUGUUUCUGUUAUAUAAUAAAAGACACACUAACUUGAUUUGUUUCGAUUAUCCGAAUACAAGAAGAUCAAAUCAAAGUUUUUCAUCAUUUUGUUCUCUCUCUCUCUCUCUCUCUCUCUCUCUCUCUUUCUCUUCACAGAGUUUCUUUUUUCUUUCAAUCCUUGCUUGUUCUUCAUUUUUCUUACCUGUUCUUAGCUUUUUCUGUCAAUAUUCAAUCUUUU